AUGGCAAGCAGUUCUGACGAGGAUAAUGCUGAAUAUGGCCCAUCACCAAUUAAAAAGCAGAAAAGUGGAAAAGCUAUAAGUGAGGAUUUAAGAAUCCGUAUUGUUAAUAUGUAA